AUGGAUCAGGAGAAGGAAGGCGAGGGAGAGGAGGCCGAGCGUGAUGACGCGCCCGACAGAAACCGUCACGCAGCAUGCCGAGGCUCGGCGGAAAGAGGCGCAAGGAGCCCACGACGGCCCCUCUGGGGAGCCUCUAUCCAGUGCGCCCAGUGCCUCGGCAUCGACCCUCGACGAGCCUCCGUGGGCCACCUGGCGGCAAAGAGAUCCGCGCACGAAAGCGACAAAAAACGGCACACGCGACCUCAGCCGGAGCGGCUCGGAGAAAACCGCGCACUGCGCAGUGGCCCGCCGGGCCCGGUGGCGCUGCGCGGCAGGACGCGCGCGGGGGAGGCAGGGAAGCUGGCGGCGGGCGAUGAGCGCAGGGCGAGGGGGGGCGCCUGCUGCUGA